CCAUCUUCAUUUCCCUCGAAGGAUCUAGUUUUGUCACACUACUUUAUCUAUCUCUCAACGGUUUCUUCUGUUGUCAGCCAUAUACAUUCAUACUCAUCAGUUUUUUUCCUAUUAGCUAUCAAUUGAUUGCAUCUUGUCAGUUUAAUAUACGCCGGGCCCCUUAGUUGCCCAACGAACAACAAACGGCAUACUAAAGCUACCUACAUGAAUCAUGCUAGCCUAUUCAUUCGUGUUCUAGGUCAAAUACGGACCCCAAAACAAGAGUGAGAUUAUAGUUGACUCAACCCAAAGAAUUUCGCAAAAGUGCAACUUCGGAUUGUACUAUCAGUUGUGUUAUCGUUGUCUCGAGAGUUGCUGAGCUCUCACCCAACAUAUUACGCAGUUCUAGGUUCGUGCAACAACUACCAAACAAAGCCAUCGAAUAAGCAACAUAUUGGCAUAAUCGAUGGCCUCGAAGGAUUAUUCAAAAAUUCUAGCCUCCAUUUAAUUUCCAUGGACGCAACCAUCGAUCCUAAACUCGUCGAACCGACCAUCUUGCACUCGGUCGAUCCUCGACAAACCUCACUCAAGCAUGAACUCGUGAUUAUCCAUACCUCAGCAUCUAUUUCGCCCGGCAUGUCUCGCCAGAAAGUACCUAUUACCUUUACAUACCAAAAGAAGGGAACAACCCCUCCCAUCUUCGUGGCAGGGUCGUUUUCGGAUCCACCAUGGCAUCCUCAAGAGAUGGACGUUUCUAUUGACCAACGCGGAUGUCACCGGUUCACUAAACAAGUCUUGGUUGACGAUGGGUCUGAAAUACAGUACAAAUUUCGAAUAGGAUUGGGAAAUUGGUGGGCUUUGGACGAUAAUGCGGAUACAGUUCUGGAUAACUGCGGGAAUACGAACAAUAUUCUUAGGGUCUCAAUCAACAGACCUAGAGAAGUUGAUACAAAGGCGCCGAACCCUCGUAUCAAUGAGAUAAAGGGGUCUUCUACGAAUAGUGGCACUCGGACUCCUGAUUUCGCAAGGACGGCCGCCGAGGUGUCUGAUUCAGCCCGUAUUAUAGAUCCCGAGACUCCCGAAGCGGAGAUGUCAGACGGAGAGGCGGGGGGAUUAGGCACCCGACGUCUAUCCAACACUCCGAUUAGCCAAGUUGCAGAAACAGCUAUGGAGGUAGCUACUAUUGCUGCGACGUUGGAUGUCGAUAGUUCGGAUUUGGAUGAAGAAACUGACGAUGAGGAUUGCUCGUGUCCUGUGUUUUCGCACGAAUUUAUGGGGCCCGCCGAUCAUAAUAAAGAAACGUCUGGAGAUGAUGGCGACCAUGCUCGCGCUACUAGGGGUCGCUUAGGAAGCAAGACCGCCAUGGAUUUCGGCGAGUCAGCUAUUGAAUUUGAUGAUGUAGAUUUCGACAACCCUAAUUUGGAGGCAUUCCCUUCGAAUAAUCGCGAGUCAAUCUUGGCUGCGGUGCGGCGUAUCUCGACAAGCAUAGAUGCCGAUCGGUCAGUUGUACCAGGAUUGUCGCCGUCACCUAUCAUUCCUAUCUUCCGGAACUAUAGGGCUGUUAACUCACUUGAGAAUUCUGGUGUAACACCAAGUUCUUUAGAUACACCCCCAGAAGAGAAGCGGAACCUUCGUCCUAACAAUGCAGUGAGGCGCUCCGGCUCAGCUCGUGGUAAUGCCAGAGCGGCAUCUACGAGCUCUCUAAGGUCAAUUGUUGAAGAUGAUGAACAUCACAACGGCAAAUCCACAGAAGCAGAGAAGCUUAAAAAUCCAUUCAUUCAGCACCCCGGGCCUUCUUGGGGUUCUCCUGAGCCUGCCAUAAUUGACGAUGAAAAUGAUGAAGGCAUUGCUAUGAAUAACGAAUUUAGGCGAAGAGCUAGAGAUCCUGAAGAUCCUACACCAUUAGUUGACCUUCAACCCACAACGUCCAACAAUAACGAUGCAAACAUUCUAGACCCUGGCCUGAACAAGUCUAGCCCGGUACCGGACGGCGAUGUGGAUGCUUCGGCUGAGGACGAGGAUCAUCCACUUCCUACCCAAAACAAACCCCUCGAAGAUAACCCCACCAUUUCUACACGUCGUCUGCCAGGCAGCUAUGAAAGCGACAGUACGUCUAAUAAAGAAGAUAGCACAUGGGAAGCAAAAUCAACAUCCGUUGACAUCGGAAAUCAGGCAGAUGUGCGGAAGCGAACGGCUGACAGGCCAGUCACACCUCCUUCGACGAAUUAUUUCCAGGACUCUCACAAGCCUGCCGAUUGGAUCGAUGUGUGCCUCCGAGUUGUAUUCGUUAAGUGGAUUGGAGGCCUCGCCUCCUGGUUAUAUCGUCGUAGGCACAGAGCGUAAGCUGCUUCCGACCCCUACAUAUUGAUAUUCUGCUCAGCCUGGCUCUAACACAAACCCAGGCUUAUGGCGGCUGGCACAGCGGCUGUCGUCGUUGGUAUUGGUGUGUUAUGGCAGAACCCGAUACGUCUGUAGUCGCUGUUGGAGCCGUGAGAUGAGGCACAACUG